AACCGAAAUAAACAGUAUAGGCUUAGCCUAACGUAUUAUAACAGUUUUAGGCAAUGUCUUAAUGGUCUACAAAUACAAAAGCAUUAAUGGGUUUCUCUCUUUAUCCAUCUUGGGCCUUUUGACUCUACUAGAAACUAAAGGGUAAAACGGAACUUUCAAGUCUCCCUUUGAUCGAUCGCUGCCUAUAUAUAUAGUCGCCUGCAAAAACUAGGGUAUAAAAGCCCCAAAUUAUUUUCUCCGCUCAAGAGAACCAAAUCCUUCGCAAUCGGACCCCAACGGUAGCCGUACCAAUCCUUCUUCUUACUUCGCCGGAGAUCGAUCGUUAGAUAAUGGCGACGUUUGAGCUAUACAGGAGAUCGACCAUAGGGAUGUGUUUGACGGAGACUUUGGAUGAGAUGGUUCAGAGCGGUACCUUGAGCCCUGAGCUAGCUAUCCAAGUCCUUGUUCAGUUUGAUAAGUCCAUGACUGAAGCUCUGGAGAGCCAAGUGAAGACCAAGGUGUCUAUCAAGGGGCACUUGCACACUUACAGGUUCUGUGACAACGUAUGGACCUUUAUAUUACAGGACGCAAUGUUCAAGAUUGACGACCGUCAAGAGAAUGUUAGCCGGGUCAAGAUAGUGGCAUGUGACUCUAAGCUGCUCACACAGUGAGAGAUAUGUAAUAGAUUUUUGAGUUUUCCCUUUUUCACUUUGUAAACUCAAGCACUUGCUAUAUGUUGAGCUCCAUUUGCAGCCAUCAAUUUAGCCCCUUUAUAUGUACAUUAUCGGCCCAAAGACAUAUGGGACUCCUGUUUCUAUGAGAAAGUUCUUAAGAUUCACCA